AUGCAGCGUCCCAUUGUUCUUUCGGGUCACACCCGGUCUCUUAACCAAAUUAAGUUUAACCGCGAAGGUGAUCUCCUCUUCUCUGUCUCGAAGGACAAUCUUGUGAACGUGUGGUACACGCACAAUGGCGAGCGCCUAGGCACCUAUAAUGGACACAACGGUACAGUGUGGUCAGUCGAUGUGGACAAAAAAACUGUGCUUCUUGUCACUGGAUCUGCCGACAACCAGAUGCGUCUUUGGAACUGCAAGACAGGUGAAUGCCUGUACGUGUGGGAGUUCCCUACGGCUGCCAAGCGUGUCUGCUUCAACAGCGAUGGUACCCAAAUUCUUGUGAUUACGGAAGAGCGUAUGGGUUACCGUGGCGCCCUCCGUGUAUUCAAUAUCAAUCGCGAUCCCGCGUCGUGGACCAAGCAGGACUCGGAGCCGAUGCGCACGAUCACAUUUUCUGGCAGCAAGGCUACUGUGGCUGCAUUCGAUGCUCUGGACAAGCACAUUUUCACUGGUCACGAGAAUGGAAAGGUUGCUGUCUAUUCGCAUGAUGCAGAGGAGGGUGAGACUGGUAUCGACGCAGAGCUUGAAAUCCAUCAUGUCAAGGCGCACUCGGAAAAUGUGACGGAUCUCCAGUUCGGUGCAGACGCCACUUACUUUGUCACAUCGAGCAAGGACAAGUCGUCGAACAUUAUCGACGCAUUUACGCUUGAUAUCAUCAAAACGUACUCUACGGAUACGCCUCUGAACUCUGCUAUAAGCUUGCCCACGCGACCUUACGUGGUAGUCGGUGGUGGUCAAGAGGCUAUGAGUGUUACGACCACGUCCGCGCGCCAGGGAAAGUUCGAGUCUCGGUUCUGGCACAAAAUCUUUGCAGAGGAGUGCGCUCGCCUGCCUGGCCAUUUCGGUCCGAUCAACACACUUGCGGUACAUCCGACAGGCAACGCGUAUGCUAGCGGCGGUGAAGACGGUUAUGUUCGUAUUAAUUGGUUCGACGACUCUUUCUUUACCAGCAAGCCUUAUGGCGCUGACUUUGAGAUUGCGGAGGAAGACCAGUAG